UGUGGACAUAUUCUGACGGCGAUCCUAGAACAUCUCCCAGCAGACUCGAUCAACUUACCUUGGGUAGUCUGAUCCUUCCAAGGGAUUUUUCCAUUCUCUCAAUAUCAACUAUUCGAUCUUGUUGCCUUUCUCUUGGCGCAUCAGUUUCAGAAUACUGGGGUUCAGAUUUCUCGUCGCAAGUGAUCGAGCACAACCAAUCCUUACUAACGACAGUCAACAAUGGAACAAUCCAUUUCUCUAAAGAAACUCGCCGAACCACUUUUUACUGCAUUUAGGGACCGCAGUCAAAACUACGACUCUCUCGAAGAGGAGGAAGAAAGUAUCGCGUCUCAAGACGACACAAGCCUCGACGACUCUAUUUCAGUCAAUGACGACGAAACGCCUCAAGAAAAACUUAGGGCUUCAAACACCCCCGCUAGCGAAGAGAAGACCAGCUCCUUCAAGGAUUACUUUGUCCGACUUUCCAGAGGCAAUACGGAGCCAUUGCCGCCAGCAGAGGUCCUCACCAAUGCCCAGCAAGGAAACUCUAGCGGCGAACUUGCUCCACCACCUAGUUCUCUUCUUCGACAAUCUGAAGCCAUCUCAUUUGAUUCAAUUUUCAAAGCAGCCGCCGCACAGCUGAUUCGCAAUGAUCCGAAUCGACGCAAAGCAUCCUCUGUUCCACGGAUAAGUCGGCCUCUUGUCCAGGAGACGCAAGCACAGCGACCAAAGACUUUACCCCAGAAGAAAGACGCUGUUCAGAAGAAACGCGUCGAGUUCAGGAAAACACCUUCUGUCAGAAUCAUCCGAAACAACACGACCACCACUGCUACUAAUGCAUCGAGAGCUUCAGUGGCCGCCCGGGCUCCAUCUACGUCUCGUCCGUCCAUAGUCCUGCAGGAAACCCAGACGCCUCCUAAGAAAAUUUUCAGGCCCACUCCAGGACAAGCCGCGUUCAUGGCGACGGGGAUGGGCCUGUUUGCUCCGCAUCCGCUCUUACCUCGCUCCGACAGCGAGUUUGAGAAUGGUCUGCACAUGCUCAAGGAAGCAGCGCAUGAUUGGGCGCGGAAAUGGUUUGGAUAUAAACUGUUUGACAGCAGUGAUGCCAACUCCGAUGAAGACUCGGAGAAUGAAGCUGAUCCAGGGCUGUCUCGCAAGGAACAAAGACAAAAACAGCGCCAAGCCAUCCUCUUUGAACUAUACGAUCUCUGCGAAACGCACCCCGAGUUGGUCAAAUACGCUGGGUGGAUUGCUGAUGGGCAUUAUGGCUGGGAAGAGAUUUUUCUUGACCCGGACCAACGGGCAGUGCUUGUGUAUGGUAUUCUGGGCAAAGUGUUUGAAGUGCAUGUUUUUGGACGCCUGCUUUUUGGCGGAACGCAAUCGCAGGUAACGGCGUUGUUGAGUCUUGAGAAAGAAUCUGCGCAUCGUGAAGGCUUCAAACGCACAGCUCUCCGCGCCGCAGCAGUCAAAACGUUUCUCGGAGACGACAUUGUCCCGCCUGCAUUUGAAUCCGACGUCGAGCAAUUGACUCUGCGCAUAUAUACGCUUUUAUCCUCUCUGCUGCCCCGCAGUUCGUUUACUUCGACCACCACCACCACCACCAUCACGACGAAUGCCGAAUCAAAUCCUGAUCCAGCAGCAGCAGCAACAGCAGCAACAGCAACAGCAGCCACCAUAUCCCCCGUCAUCAACCAAUUCGUAUCCUCGCUGCACGCGCUCGUUCGCCAGGCGGGCAAAAUCGCAGUAGACAUGCGCCGCGAAGACACAAUCUACUACAUUUCGCCUACAUACAAGGACGAAAUGUACGACGGCAAGGAAAUGCGCGGCAUCAAUUUCACCCCGCACAAGUGGGGUCCCAGGUCGGACGAGGAGCGGCAUCGCCGGAGAUAUGAAAGGGAAGCUGAGUCGAAGAUGGAGCGCCUACAAGCGGACACGAAAACGGAGCGGCAACAAGACAAGUCGAAGACGAAGCGGCAACAACAGAAGUCAGCAAAGGACAUCGAACCCAAACCCAAACCCUGGGAUGAAGUAAAUGAGGGAAUACCCCGCUCGAGCCGCCUGCCGCUUGUGAAAGUUGUCUGUUUUCCAUGCAUCACGGCAUAUCGGCCAGGAAGUGGCCGCGAAGGGGGCGAAGAUGACGGAUAUCGCAUGCGGAUCAUUUCCCGCGCGGACGUGUUCUUGCAUUGGGGCUCUCAGAGGUCGACGAAAGUGCGGGUAACGACGGAGGGAAAGGAGAAAGCCACGAAUAGGCCGCCAUUACUAAAAGAUCCGAAUGAUUUGACGUUGGUGGAGUGGCUGGAGAAGAUUGGUGAGGAGAAGAAGAAGGCGGGCGGGAAAAGUGCAGGGUGUGUGGUAAUGUGAUGUGACAUGAGAUGAGAUGGUAGAUUAAAGACGAGAGAGAAAAAGAGAGAGGAGAAAGAAAAGGAAAGAGGAGAGGGGUGUAAGAGAUCCGGUAGCGAUAUAAAGAUGAUUUGGGGGGGGGUUUGCAUGUUGUGCUCGUGCAUGGGUGGGCAAUGGACGACUAUGGCUAUAGGGAUGAAUUGAGGUGUUGAUGCUGUCAAAUGGAUUUAAAGAUUAGGGUAUUUGCUCCCUUCCCACGUUGUCUAUUAUUCUCUAUUUCUUAUAUGCUUUUGGUUUUCCUUUUUAUGAAUUAUUGGUCGACUCUGGGACAAUCAGCCCAGUUAUGCUCUUUUGAUGAUGGAAAUAAAGUGACCUUUCUUGAAUGGUUUGGAGUUGAGAUUAUAUGUUUUUAUUGGAGUGGGUAGCUAACGAAAUCUAUC